GGCCCGGGGGAGCGGGGAUCCACUGGGGACACCGGCUGCGGGUGCAGCCCCGGAGCACGGUCAGUGGGGCAGAGCCGUGGCCUUAACACGGUGCCGAGGCCUGGCGGCUCCCGCCUGGCGCUUCCCCUUCCCCCGGGCUGCUCCUGUCCCGGCGAGCGCCGGCGGUGACGGUUCAGCCCCGGUGCUGCCCCGCGGCUCCUCUGGCACCGGCCGCUGACAUUGACACGUGCUGCUGUUAACCGGGGCAGCGUCGUUCUCCGGUGACAGCAUCACCCCGCGGGAACCUCUUGAACUGAGCACAGAGGAAAGAGUGUUCUGUAUCCCCAGAGCAGCAGAAAUCAACUUGGGAGCCCCAGCACGACCGUUCCCACAGCCCUGCAUCCACCCCUGACCACACACCCCUCUCCCAGGGUACCAGUGAUGUAUUUUAGAUCCUCAUAAGAGCAGAAUGGAAAUACCUGCUCCUGGGGUGUGGACUGGACAGACAGAAGCCCUGGGGAGGUUUGCCCCCGAAGCAGGUUGCGGCUGAGUCGCUGUCAGUCCAUGCUGUGCUUCCUCCCUGUUCCAAGCAGGAUCCCAGGGACAAGGCCCUUCUCCUUGUCGGCAGCUGCCGGAGCCAUUCUGGGGCUGGGCGGGUGGGGAGAUGAUGGUGGGAAGCAGCGGCUGACCCUGCGGGAUGUGGCAGAGCUCAUGCGGAAGAAGGAAUGUCGCCGAGUGGUGGUGAUGGCUGGAGCUGGGAUCAGCACCCCCAGCGGCAUCCCGGACUUCAGGUCCCCGGGGAGCGGCCUCUACAGUAACCUGGAGCAGUACAACAUCCCCUACCCAGAGGCCAUCUUUGAACUGACCUAUUUCUUUAUCAACCCCAAGCCCUUUUUCACUCUGGCCAAGGAGCUCUACCCCGGCAACUACAGACCCAACUAUGCCCACUACUUCCUGAGGCUGCUGCACGACAAGGGGCUCCUCCUGCGCCUCUACACCCAGAACAUCGACGGGCUGGAGCGAGUUGCUGGGAUCCCUCCCGACAGGCUGGUGGAAGCCCACGGCACCUUCGCCACUGCCUCUUGCACCGUGUGUCGAAGGAAUUUCCCAGGAGAGGACUUCAGGGGGGACGUGAUGGCAGACAGGGUCCCUCGCUGUCCCGUCUGCACCGGGGUCGUCAAACCCGACAUCGUGUUCUUUGGCGAGGAGCUCCCGCAGCGCUUCUUCCUGCACGUGGCAGACUUCCCCAUGGCUGACCUGCUCUUCGUCAUCGGAACGUCCCUGGAGGUGGAGCCCUUUGCCAGCCUGGCCGGGGCCGUCCGCGGCUCCGUUCCCCGUGUGCUCAUCAACAGAGACCUCGUGGGCCCCUUCGCGUGGCGGCAGCGCCACAACGACGUGGCCCAGCUCGGGGACGUGGUCAGCGGGGUGCAGGCGCUGGUGGAGCUGCUGGGCUGGAGCCAGGAGCUGCAGACGCUGAUCCAGAAGGAGAAAGAAAAGCUGGACGCCAAGUUCAAAUAGGAGCUGCUGGAGACGGUCACCGUGCAGAGGAGCCGCUGCCACACCACACGGGCAGAGCAGGAAAUCCUGGCUGGAGCCAUGGCAGAGGCCCCGGCCCGGCACCAGCCCAUCGGUGCUGGAGCAGAGGCCACGUGAAGGUUUUCCUACCCGAGCCCUCAGAGCUGCCAUCGCAGGCACCGAGCACUGCUCCCUCCUCGUCUGGCACCACUAAGAGAGACUUCCCUCUCCCAUGGCUCCGGCUGCCGCCCCACCAGCAUGCCACUGUUCCACCACGGACUGCACCAGUAAGCACCGGGACCUGCACGUCAGAGGAGGUUUGAGCACCCAGCUGCCAUCUGGGGCUCCCUCUUCCCGAGCCAUCCGACCUCAGGGACCCUCAGAGGGUUUUGGCUCUCAGGGAGCAGGAGCUGGAAACGCUGUGAGGGUCAGGUCUGAGGGCAGGAGAACCUGGAGCGAGUCUUCCAGCUCCCCCUGGGGAUGAGCAUCUCCCACCUCCAGCAGCUCCUCCUCAGGCCUCAUCUGCCGGCUCUGCAGGCUCACAGUGGUCAUUGUUCAGAUGAACUCUCUGCUCAUCAGGGACAAGCUGCCCGGGGGGUGGCUGCCCCGGGCCCUGUUCAUUGAGGCCACUCAAGCUGCUGAAGCUUGGAAUCAGUGCAAUGUUAAUCAUUUAGUAAUAAAAGAGUUUAAUUCUUC